AUGAAGAACUUGAUGCGGCGGAGCAGCUUGAAAGCCAUGCCCGCAGCAGGGCCGCAGGGCACCCCCCUGGAGCCAGGGACGAUGGUGUGGGUGCGGGACAGCGUGCAGGUGUGGACCAAGGCGGAGGUGCAGGCCAUCGACGGCUCCAAUGUGCAGGUCAGAACUGACGACGGGGAUGACAUCACUUUGACAAGUGCUGAGAAAAUCUACCGUUGCAACCCGGAGACCUGGAAGACGGAAGGCCUCACUGGCGUGCACGAUCUUUCCAAGCUGACGCACCUUCAUGAGCCGGAGGUAUUGCACGCCCUGCACCUGCGAUUUGAUGUGGAUCACAUCUACACCUUCUGCGGGCCCAUACUCAUUGCCGUGAAUCCCUUCAAAGACCUCGGGAGCUUGUAUGCCAACGUGCACGACAAGAAGUUCAAGGACCUGUCGAAGCCACCGCCGCACAUCUACACCGUGGCCUCCAGAGCCUUCCAGGGUCUCUCAGGGGCGCGUCAGUCCCAGGUUGUGCUGAUCAGCGGGGAGAGCGGAGCUGGAAAGACCGAGACCACGAAGCACGUGCUGAAGUUCUUGACCUCCCAGCUGGGCGGCGCAAAGAGGCGGCCAUCUGCCGUAGGCAAGUCGGAGUCGCUUCACUCCGGCACCGAGAAGAAGGUCCUGAGCUCCAACCCGAUCUUGGAGGCCUUUGGAAACGCCUGCACUGUGCGGAACAACAACUCCAGCCGCUUCGGCAAGUUCAUCGAGCUGCGCUUCCAGCUCGCUUCAGGUGCUGCCACCUUUAGCAAUGCUGGCAUCGAGACGUACCUGCUCGAGAAAGUCCGCGUGACCAAGAUUGACAAGCAGGAGCGAUCGUACCACAUCUUCUACCAGGCCUGCGCCGCGCACGCCAACUUGGACCCAUCGGAUGUUGAGGGCUUACCGCUGGAGCACUUCCCUAGCCCAGAGGAGUUCAAGUACCUCAAGCAGUCAGAUCGCUUUGAUCUCGAUGGCGUGGACGACGCCGAGGAGUUUCAAGCCACGAGGCGCUCGAUGGAGGCGAUGGAGAUCUCCUUGCAGGAGCAGGCUGAGAUCCUGCGCGUGGUCGCGGCGGUGCUGCACAUCGGCAACAUCCCUUUGGUAGGAGAGGAAGGGGGCGGCGGCAAAGUGAAGGUGCAAGCCAGCAACAAGUCCUUCCAGGCAGUGUGCGACAUCAUGGGUAUCCAGCCCGAGGUCCUCACAAGGGCCAUGACGCACAAGCACAUCAUGGUGUCAGGCGAGAGCUACGACUCCCCUUUGACGCUGGACCAGUGUGAAGCCCGACGGGAGUCCUUUGCUCGAAUGAUCUACUCCUACCUCUUUAAUCACGUCGUCUUCCGGAUCAACGAGUCCUUUGCCGCCAAGCGCGGAGGGGCUAAGCCCUCGAGCUUCAUCGGGGUGCUGGACAUCUUUGGCUUCGAGCACUUCCAGGUCAACUCCUUUGAGCAGCUUUGCAUUAACUUCGCCAACGAGCGGCUGCAACAAAUGUUCAACCACUUCGUUUUCGAGGUGGAGAUGGAGCUCUACAAGCAGGAAGGCAUUACUUGCGACUUCUCAGACUUUCCGGACAACCAGGGCAUCAUCGACUUGAUCCAAGCCAAGUCCAUGAGCAUCUUCACGUUGCUGGACGAGGAGUGCCGCAUGCCUAAGGGCAGCGACAAGGCGCUGGUCCAGAAGCUCUGGAAGCAGUUCGACAAGCACGAGAACUUCAAAAUUGAGCCCCGGAAAAAUAUGUGCUUCACCGUGGUCCACUUUGCAGGGCCAGUGAGUUACGACGUGACCAACUUUAUGGACAAGAACAUGGACGAGCUGGGGGAACUGCUCAAGAACGCUAUGAAGGGCUCCAAGAAUGAGUUUGUCCGAAGCCUCAUCGAGCGGGCGGACGAGACAGCCGCUGCUGGGAAGUCGCCCUCGCAGCAGAGCCGAGCCGUUGCGGGCCGCGGCGGCAAGACCCUGAAGCCGCACACGGUGGCGGCGGACUUCAAGGGCCAACUGGAGCAGCUGGUCACCAAGAUGCGCUCGGCCUCCCCGCACUUCGUGCGGUGCAUCAAGCCCAACCCCGAGAAGCUGCCAGACCGCCUGGAGCGGGAGCUGGUGGUGGAGCAGCUCCGUAGCGGGGGUGUCAUCGAGGCGCUGCACGUGCAGCGCGCCGGGUUCCCCUGCAGGAGCCCACUGAAAUCCUGCUGGAAGGACUUCCUGAGCCUCAUCUUCAAGUCCGACGAGAGGGCCCGAUUUGGCGCCAUGUCGUUGGAUGCCUGCCUGAGAGAAUCCUUGCAGCAGCUGGCCAAGGAGCUGAAGUGGCCAGCCAGCCAGCCGCUGUACGCCAUCGGAAAGACGACGGUCUUUUUCAAGCAGGUGGCCUACGAGACGAUCGAAGGCUGCAUCUUGGUGGAUCUCAAGUGGCGCCUGCGCAGGAGCGUUGCCCCGCUCCGUUGCGACCGUUUCGUGGACGUCAGCUUCCCCACCUCCACGGCCCUUGGCCCUUUGGAGCGCAUCUCCGUGCCGCUCACCUGGCGCCGGGCCGCGGAUCUGCGGGGCCACGGCCAGGUGCGGCUUUUUGGGACCGGCGGCGGCAAGGUGAAGCAGGGAGCGCUGGGGGACUGCUGGCUCAUUGGCGCCAUCGCCUGCCUGGCAGAGUUCCCUGGCCACGUGGAGAUGCUUUUCGACCCCCCGAGCCUCAGCGCGGAGGGGCGGUACCUGAUCCACCUCUACCAGCCCUCCUCCACGUGGCGGCGCGUGGAAAUCGACGACCUGGUGCCCAUCAUGCCUCCGCCCUUCUGGGCCUACAGCAGGCGGGCGGUGCAGGUGGACGUGCCCUGCUUCUCGCAGCCGGUCCAGGGGGAGGUGUGGCCUUUGUUGCUGGAGAAGGCUUUUGCCAAGGUGGCCGGGUCCUAUGCUGCGUUGGAGGGGGGCCUGCCAGAGAUGGCCUUCCAGGCCCUGACGGGGCAGAAGGAGCAGCUGAGGUGGCUACGGAUGGGCGGCCACUGGCGGAUGCUGCGAUUCGACUCUCCCCGCUGGCAGGGCUCGAAGGUGGCUGGGGCGGUCCAUCGCCAUACCCGACGGGUGCUGGAUGACGAACAGCUCUUCCUGCGGCUUGCCUACUACGAGCAGGCCAACUUCCUGUUGGCCGCCUCCAUCAAGGGCUCGGGGGAGGUGAAGCGCCCGGAUGGGCUGCUGACGGGGCACGCGUACUCGGUGCUGGAGGUGCAGGAGGUGCACUCGGUGCGUUUGGUGCGGCUGCGGAAUCCUUGGGGCAAGGAGGAGUGGAACGGCGACUGGUCCCGCGGCUCCAGCGCCUGGAAGGAUCACCCCCACAUCGCGCAAGACAUCGCCGUGCGCGGCGGUGUCGCUGUGGACAGGGCCAAGGCCGACGGCUCCUUUUGGAUGGCCUUUGAGGACUUUGCCCGCUGCUUCGACUCCAUCAACGUUUGCCCCGCCACCAUGCCGGUUCCAAAAGCCUCCCGCUACGCGCAGCACUCCCACCAGCGGGGCUCUCCAGUGUGCGGGCGCUGCCAUCAGCCGGUGCAGAGCUGCUGGCUGCUAGUGAGGGGUCACGGCGGCGAGGUGAGCUCCCAGACCUCGGUGCCCGGCCUGGGCUGGGUGCGGCUGAAGGACGGCGACCUUUGCCAGCUAUGCCUGCAGGCAACCUCGUCCCAGCGGAGGGCAUACUGGCAGCAGGGAGGCGGAGGCGGAGGCAAGGAGACCAUUUGCGGGGUGAAUGAGCGAGAGCUCACCAGGCGCGUGCCAGGAAUCGACUACUUCCCCUUUGAGGCCGGCGCCGGCUGCAGCCUCCCCUGCAAGCGCCCGGUCUGCGGGGCUGGCGCGGCUUGCGUAGAACAUAACCCCUCGCAUCUGGCCAAGUACGACCAUCCCUGGAUGAAGCCAGGGCCAGAGGUGGUACUGGCAAAGUCCAAGGCCUAUCACAGCGUGACAGGCAUGCGCAUGGCCAUGCUGGGCAGUUCCGCCAAGAAGAUUCAGUCAGCCUGGCGCAUCUACUUGAUGCGGAGCCUCUUUCAGAUGAUCCGCGAGCGGGCGAUCCUCGUCCAAUCUCACACCAGGCGGUGGCUGGUACGAAACAAGGUCUGGAAUGACAUGAAGCCCAGCCAGCGGCGGCGGUCUGCCCUUUUCCGCGCCUACCUCGCAGCCAACCCCUCAGCAGCGAAAAGCUCCGGGGAAACGGACUCAGAGGAGGAGCGAGAGGCGGAGGCUGAGCGGCAGCGCCUGGAGAAGCUCAGAGUGAGCCGAGAGGAGCAGGAGCAGCAACGACGCGAAGAAGAACGCCUGCAAAAGGAGAUGGAGGAGAAGAAGAGGCAAGAAGAGGAAGCGGAGCGCCAAAGACUCGAGGAGGAGCGUCUCCGCCUGGAGCAAGAGGCAGCGCAACGGCGCAAGGAGGAGGAAGAGAGUCGCCUGGAGCAGGCCCGUCAGAAGGGCGCGGAGGAGGAGAGGCGAAGGGCUGAGGAGGCGAGGCAGCAGUUGGAGGCAUCCUUCCAGGAGGAGCGGACUGCCGCACAACUGCAGCACAACGAGGAGUUGCGCCAGCUGAGGAGUCGGGUGGCUUCAGUGCAGGAUGCCCAGGAGGCUGCCAAGGUGCAGCAAGAUGCCGAGGUGCUCAAGUUGAAGGAGGAGGUUGAGAACCGCAAGGCCCAGGUGACGCAACAGGAAAGCCAAAUCAAGACGCUGGAGGAAGAGCUUCAGGAACGCAUCAAGCAACUGGAAGAGGACAACGGGCGCCUUAAGGCACAGAUGCAGGAGGAGUCCCAGAAUCAUGCAGCACAAAUGCAGGAGCUUGAGGAGCAACACCGUGCCUCCCUGGACAGCUCUGCCGAGCAGCUGGAGACGCAGCGUGUGGCGUACGUGCGCCAGAUGGAGGAGAUGCGGCAGGGCCUUGACCAAGAGUACCGGCAGGAGCAGGAUGCGCUGAAGGCCAUGGAGCAAGAGCAAAACCGCCGCUUCCAGGAGGAGCUCCAGCAGCUGAGGGACCGGGAGGCUCAGCAGCGGCAGCGCCACGAGGAGGAGCUGCAGCAGCUCAGGGAGCGAGAGGAGGAGAGGCAACGUAAGACUCGCACCGAGAUGGGUGAGGCCCUGCGGGACUCCAGCUUGGCUGGCAUGGAGAAGCGCCUGCUGGAGGAGCAGGUGACGGAGUCCAAGGCAGAGGUCGAACAGACUCAGCUCAUGAUGGAGAGGCCCAUCGGCAUGGGCAACGCCUCGCAGCGGCCCGAAGGUGGAGACAAGGCAGCGGUCCUUGAGAAGGCGGAGAAGCAGGAAGAGCCCCGCGAGGAUAUCCGCGACAAGUACGAGCUCGGCAAAGUGCUGGGCAGCGGCUCUUUCGGGCAGGUGAGGGAAGCGGCUCUCAAAGAGCUCCCAGAUAAGGUCAGAGCAGUGAAGAUCAUCGAAAGAGACGAUGAUGCGGAAGGCAGCGAGUGGAGCAACAGCGCGAUGUUCCGACAAGAGGUGGCGCUGCUACAGAACCUCAAGCACGACAACAUCGUGCGGUUCUGGGAUGUCUAUGAGGAUGUGCACUUUCUGUACGUGGUGAUGGACCUGUGCCGGGGUGGUGAGGUCUUCUCGAAGAUCUUGGAGCUCCGGCGCUUCACGGAGGCGAACGCAGCGACCCUGGGCUCCCAGAUGCUGGCGGCCAUCGCCUACAUCCACACCAAAAGCAUCAUGCACAGAGACAUCAAGGCAGAGAACUUCUUGUUGUCGGACAAGUCUCCCACGUCGGUGGUGAAGAUGAUUGACUUCGGUAUGGCCGUGAAGUUCGACCACGGCAUUUGGUUUAAGGAGAUCUGUGGCUCGCCUCACUACCUGGCUCCGGAGCUCAUAGGACAGAAGUACAACCACAUGGUGGACAUGUGGGCCUUUGGGGUUCUAAUGUACCUCUUGAUGUACGGGCACUACCCGUACGACUCGAAGAACACCAGGGACAUCAUGAUGAAGGCGUGCUUCAGUCACCGCGUUCCCAGUUUCGGAGCCGCCCGCUUUGUGGGUCACGCAGGGCUUCGAUGCUACGAAACCAGCAUGGAUCAGAUCUGCAGUGCGGCGUUAGUCGCUGGGUAUCCUAGAAGGACAAGCAUGGGUGAGGGUAUGUAUGAUCCAAUGGCCCAUUGUACAAACCGCCAACUUGGAUGCUGA